AUGCCCUCGAAGUCAAAGUUAUCAUCGUCACGAUCUGACCGGGAUGGAGGGAGGAAUGUCUUAGUGUGGUGUGGUGCCGUCAUCUGCACCAUCAUCACCUUAGCAAUCAUCAUCACCGGCAUCGUUACGUUCAUAGGAUACUUGGUCAUACAUCCCAGGGUGCCUUAUGUUAGCGUCGUAUACGCUCAUCUAGACCGGAUGGAGAUCGAUCACUACCAAGGCGCUCUGGGAAUGCAGGUCAACAUAGUAAUUCGAGCUAACAAUGGGAACCAUAUGGCGCAUGCUGGCUUCUCGCAUUCUAAUUACACACUUAGCUUAGAUGGAAAAGACAUAGCCCUAUUGCAAGAACCAGACUUUGAAGUAAGUAAGAACAGUUCAGUCGAUUUUACUUUUGUUGCUCAAGCAUCACCCGUACCCUUAGAUCCAGAACAAGCAGACGAGGUGGAGACCGGUUUGCAGAAAGAUCUGAUUACGUUCAAUUUGAAAGGAGGCGCCCGUGUUAGAUGGAGAGUCGACCGUCUCGGGUCGUUUCGGUUCUCGAGUCGUCUUGAUUGCCGGUUGCAGUUCCAUGCUUCCAAUCUAUCCUACGUUCCUUCAAGCUGCACUUCCAAGGCCAAAUGA